AUGGCUGUCCCGGAAACGAGCUCGCGGAUAGCGGAGGCGCAGAAGCUGGCCAAGUCGGAUGCCUCCAAGGCCGAGCAGAUCUUCAAAGAUGUUCUCUCGCAAGACCCAGGUCAAAACGAGACAGCUAUCAAGAACUAUGAGAGUGCCUUGAUUGGGCUCGGUGAGCUGUACCGUGACCAGAAGAGGGUGGAUGCGUUGGCGGAGCUGGUCAAGCAGGCGCGGUCGAUAAUGUCAUCGUUUGCUAAGGCGAAGACAUCCAAGCUGGUUCGACAAUUACUUGACCUGUUCACCGCUAUCCCCAAUACCGCCGACACCCAGAUCGCCGUCACCAAAUCAUGCAUAGAGUGGGCGGUGUCAGAGCGGAGAGGUUUCCUUCGACAGAACCUAGAAACCCGACUCGUGUCCCUGUACAUGCAGAAGCAAUCCUACUACGAAGCUCUCACACUCAUCAACAGCCUACUGAAGGAGCUGAAGCGCUUGGACGACAAGCUGGUCUUGGUAGAAGUUCAGCUGCUCGAGUCAAGGGUCUACCACGCACUAGGCAACAUACCAAAGGGUCGGGCUGCCCUCACAUCGGCACGAACAUCUGCCGCUUCAGUCUAUACCCCGCCUCUGCUACAGGCCGGACUGGACAUGCAGAGUGGUAUGCUGCAUGCAGAGGACGGCGACUUCAACACCUCUUUCUCUUACUUUAUUGAAGCUAUGGAGGGCUAUCAUUCACAAGAUGAGGAACAGAAGGCCACUUCUGCGCUUCAGUACAUGCUGCUUUGCAAGAUCAUGCUCAAUCUUGGAGACGACGUCACCUCGCUCAUGACCUCCAAGCACGCUGUCAAAUACGCGGGCAAGCGGUUAGAAGCCAUGAAGGCCGUAGCGCGAGCACACACCAACCGCAGUCUCGAAGAGUAUGAAACCGCCUUGACCGACUACCGUCAGCAGCUUGGUAGCGAUCGUUUCAUCACCUCCCACCUCCGACGCCUGUACGACAACAUGCUGGAGCAGAAUCUGAUCAAGGUGAUUGAGCCUUUCAGCAGGGUAGAGAUUGACCACGUCGCUAAGAUGGUUGGGCUCGAUACGAUACAGGUUGAGCGCAAGCUCUCACAGAUGAUCCUCGACAAAGUCAUCAUUGGAGUCUUAGACCAGGGUGCUGGUUGUCUGAUCGUAUACGACGAAUCGGAGCGCGACCAGGGCUACGAUGCGGCAUUGAGUACUCUCGAGAAGCUGAGCAACGUGGUCGAUGUGCUCUACACAAACCAAGCUUCUCUAUUGGAGUAA